UACAUCAGUAAGUCAGUAGGAAAAAGAUUUGCCAGGUUGCAAUGGAAGAAAGAGAAGACAGGAGCUUAUGAUUCAAUCGCUUUCUCUUGUAUAUUUGUGUUUACGAAGAUCUGAUUCUGUCUUUUCAGCGAACUCAAGAACCAUUACUCCAGAAACAAUCGCCAGCCUUUCUUCGAGAGUAUUUGCACGUUUGCAGAACUGUGAGGAUAAGAAAGUUCAAUCAAUAAAUUGAGCAUGAGUCAACCUAAAAUCAAGCGAAGAGUGGGUAAAUAUGAGGUGGGAAGAACAAUUGGUGAGGGAACAUUUGCAAAAGUGAAGUUUGCAAGGAACUCUGAGACAGGAGAGCCUGUGGCUCUGAAGAUUCUUGACAAAGAGAAAGUUCUUAAAAACAAGAUGGCUGAACAGAUCAAGCGAGAGAUAGCGACAAUGAAGCUUAUAAAGCAUCCAAAUGUUGUUCAAUUAUUUGAGGUGAUGGCAAGCAAGACAAAGAUAUUUAUUGUCUUGGAGUUUGUUACUGGGGGAGAGCUUUUUGACAAAAUUGUAAACCAUGGACAGAUGAGAGAAGAUGAAGCUCGGGGAUAUUUCCAGCAGCUUAUUAAUGCGGUUGAUUACUGCCACAGUAGGGGUGUCUACCAUAGAGACCUGAAGAGACCUUGGAGUGAGAAACCUGUUGUGCUUACCAUAAAAAAGUUCAUCAUCUUGCUUUUGUCGCAGCCAGAGAAUCUGCUGUUGGAUGCUUGUGGGAACCUAAAAGUUUCUGAUUUUGGAUUGAGUGCAUUGUCACAACAAGUCAGGGAUGAUGGCCUACUUCAUACUGCUUGUGGAACUCCAAAUUAUGUUGCUCCUGAGGUUCUUAAUGAUAGAGGUUAUGAUGGGGCAACUGCAGACGUGUGGUCAUGUGGAGUAAUACUAUUUGUACUGCUUGCAGGAUACUUGCCUUUUGAUGAUUGUAAUUUUAUGAACCUGUAUAAAAAAAUUUCAGUGGCUGAGUUCACUUACCCUCCUUGGCUUUCUUUUGGUGCCAUGAAAUUAAUAACUAAAAUUUUGGAUCCUAACCCUAUGACUCGCAUCACUAUACCUGAAAUCUUGGAAGAUGAAUGGUUUAAGAAAGAUUAUAAACCCCCUGUCUUUGUGGAGAAAGGAGACACCAACUUGGAUGAUGUUGAAGCCGUUUUUAAGGACUCAGAAGAAUUCCAUGUAACAGAGAAGAAGGAAGAACAUCCAGCAGCUAUGAAUGCAUUUGAGUUAAUUUCUAUGUCAAAAGGACUAAAUCUGGGGAAUUUGUUUGAUACAGAACAGGGAUUCAAGAGGGAAACAAGGUUCACAUCUAAAUGCCCUGCUAAUGAGAUAAUCCAUAAGAUUGAAGAAGCUGCAAAGCCUCUUGGUUUUGAUGUUCACAAGAAAAACUACAAGAUGAGGCUUGAAAAUAUGAAAGCUGGUAGAAAGGGAAACCUUAAUGUUGCCACCGAGGUUUUUCAAGUGGCACCUUCUCUACAUAUGGUUGAAGUGCGAAAGGCAAAAGGGGACACUUUGGAGUUCCAUAAGUUCUAUAAAAAUCUCUCAACCAGCCUCGAUGAUGUUGUCUGGAAAACUGAGGAGGACAUGCAAGAAUUGAAGUAAAAAUAGUCCCCAUUUUGAAGUGUGAUGAUCACCAUCUUUUGUUUAUAUUACCUUGCCAAAUGUGUCAUACUUGUUCUAUAGCUUCAUUCUUUACCACCCUCGUUUCCUGGGACAAUUUUCUAUUAUGUAGAAUUAGAGAGACAUGGGUUCACCAAUUGUUUUCCUUGCUAUUAUCGUUGGAAAGCAUGGAAAAUUCUCAUAAUGCUUGUUUGCUUUCCUCUUCAACUGGACGAUGUCAAUAACAAUAGAUUUGGCAAAUUAAAAUGUUUGUAUAUGUUUCCUUUCUGUUA